AAACAUAAAUAAUAAAAAGGAAAAAUUGGAGGCUGAAGAAGAAGUAAAACAGGUAAGAAAAGGAAAAGUAAUGGGUGUAAUAAGAACCUUGAGAGUGAUGAAGAUUAGAUUUACAACAACAAUGCCAACAACAUUAACCCUCACAUUUCCCCGUGCCAAUGGACUCUUCCGUUUUCUUCUUUACUUUACCUCCUCUACGCUUCCCUUUUCCCAUUCCUCCUCAUCCUCCACCAUCUUCAUUCAACAAAUCACCCAUAUUGCUUCUUUUUCUCCAUUUCCCAUCUCUUUUUAUCUCCACCCAGAUCUUUUUUAAGAAUCAUGUUUGGAGGUAAUAACAGUAAUUCUGUGUUUCCAAUCUCAUUUGAAGAAACUCACCUCCAUGGUGAAGUCAAUGCAUUUCCUCAACUGCAGUUAUUUGGAGAAAACGGAGUUGGAUGCAUCAGAGGUCCCAUGAAUCACAUAGGAAAUGAGCACGCUACUAUCAUGCAGAGGCCUGCUAAAAGAGUAAGGGAUUCGCAGAUUAUUCCCAGUGCGCAAAAACGCCAUUCAUCAUCGAACAAUAAUAGCAAUCAAUAUGAAGCUGGUCAACUUGGAAUUAUUGUGAAUCCUAAUCCCGUAUCAAUUGGACUAAAACUAUCAUGUGAGGAAGAAGAAUAUAACUCUCCCGUUACACAUCCAAGUGGAAGUAAGAUAAAUGUCCAACCUAUUAUGGCUAUACUUGACAAUCUUAAGGUUGAGACUGAUCGGCAAGAAGACGAGCUUCAUCUCCAAAUGAAACUUCAGGAAGACAGCAUGAGAAAAAGUAUGAGGGAAUUGGGAGAAAGACAUACAGCUUCUUUCUUACUUGCUGUAGAAACAGGAAUCGGUCGGAAGCUACUUGAAAAAGAAGUUGAAAUACAAAACAUUAACCGCAAGAACAAUGAACUGGUUGAAAGAAUAAACCAAAUCAGUGCACAAGUUCAGUCGUGGCAGUAUAGAGCAAAAUAUAACGAGUCUGUAGUAAAUGCUUUGAAGAGUAAUCUGAAGCAUGUCAUGGCGCAGAGUGCUAUUCACGGAAAGGAAGGUUGCGGAGACAGCGGGGUAGAUACUGCAGCCUCUUAUGCUAACCAGAACGAUUUUAACGUCCCGGAAGUUAAAAUGCAGAUAAUUUGUCGAGCUUGUAAGACGAAGGAAGCGCUUAUUUUGUUAUUGCCAUGCAGACAUUUGUGCCUGUGUAAAGAUUGUGCAGGGUUUGUAGAUGCUUGCCCAAUUUGCCAGGUAACAAAAACUGCUGGCGUUGAAGUAUAUACAUCGUGAAUCUACAUGGUUUUGUGCGUCAAGAUGCUAAUGAGCUCGAUUCCAUAGUUUCUCACUGUAAGACGUGUCUUAUUAAAUGCAAGACUGCCUUAUUUAUAGACAGUUCUCAUGGGAAGAAGAAGAAGAACACUCUAAAAUCCGCAUAUAGAAUUGGAAGUGAAGAGACUUUGGCAUGAGUGCAUGUUGUCAUGUAUUGUAGAAUCAAAUGGUAAGAAAGUUGAUCAAACUACACAUGUAUUUUUUAAAGAAAAUACCAGUUCCAUUGGUUUUUUUUC